AGCUGCGUGAAGCAGUGUUUCAAAAAGUACUAGGACGUGACACGCUGCUUGCAUUCCUGCCUUUUCAGCUUUGGGUGAUUAGACGUGCCCUGUGGGGAGACCCCUUGGACGUCAUGACGUUGUUACUUCCGGAUUCUUUUUCUAGGCUGUGUUUUGUUGUCGGGCGGAGGUUGAGAUUCUGUUUUCGUCUUUUACUUUUUAUUAUUUAACCUGUUUAUUUACAAUAGUGUCGGCAUGAAUCGUAUCUUCGGACGAGGAAAACCCAAAGCACCGCCACCAAACCUGACGGACUGUAUAUCGGGUGUUGACUCACGAGCAGAGUCUGUCGAUAAGAAGAUAGCCAGACUCGAUGCCGAACUGAUGAAAUACAAAGAUCAAAUGAAGAAAAUGAGGGAUGGCCCAUCAAAGAACAUGGUGAAACAGAAAGCCAUGAGAGUCCUCAAACAGAAGAGAAUGUAUGAAGGGCAGAGAGAUCAGUUGAUGCAGCAGUCAUUUAACAUGGAACAAGCAAACUACACCAUCCAGACACUAAAAGACACCAAGACCACUGUGGAUGCGAUGAAAAUUGGUGCCAAAGAAAUGAAAAAAGCAUACAAGAAUGUUAAAAUUGAUCAGAUUGAGGAUCUACAAGACCAGUUGGAGGACAUGAUGGAAGAUGCUAAUGAAGUGCAAGAAGCUCUUAGCCGCAGAUAUGGGACACCAGACAUCGAUGAAGAUGAUCUGGAGGCAGAGCUGGAUGCACUUGGUGAUGAACUCCUUUUGGACGAUGACAAUUCCUAUCUGGAUGAGGCUUCUUCUGCUCCAGCUAUACCCGAAGGAGUACCAGGAGACAGAACCACGAAUCGGGAUGGAGUACUGGUGGAUGAGUUUGGCCUUCCUCAGAUUCCAGCUACAUAAUGGAACAAAAUGACAAUACAUCCUAAACCCUCAAAAGAUUUGGACAAAUAUCUACAAACAUAAACACUGGGACAGACCUUCAAUGUCAAGAUUUCAUCUUUUUUUUUUUUAAUUAGUCUUGAUCUACUUCAGAUUAUAAUCUUUUGCUUCAUAAGAAAUCUAUCCAUGAUAUCUUUUAACAUUAAUCAUUGGGUUCAGAGUUUUUCUUGAUUGGCUUGUUUUUGACUGUGUAUAUAUGAUUUAUUUUCUGAAGGAUAUACAGCAGUAGGUGGUUUACUUUGUACUGCAAUACACUUUAUUGAAAGCAUAAAUAAAUAUAAUUUACAUACAA